AGAAUGUUAUGACUUCAUAGAGUUCACACUACAUACCUUUCUUAAGACUAGUGCUAUAAGGUUGACUUAUAGAAGAUAAACCAUGGGUAGGCAGCUAAAGCAGCUGAGCCUUCUUAUCAAGAAGAACUUCAUACUUUUAUGGCAGAGAAAGUGGCAAGUCCUGUUUGAGAUUUUUCUCACAUUUGUGCUUUUGUUAGCAUUUAGCUUUCUUAAAGGAGUAUUCGAGAUUGAAGAAACAUGCAUGAGAGAAUCCAUGUUGACGGAUCCUCUACAUGAUAUUUGGGGAUCGGAGGCUACCAAGAAAAUCAUCGCAAUGUCUCCUGAGAACGACUUAGUUAAGGAAGUGGCUAAACAAAUGACAAAAAUGGGUGCGUAUAAACUAACUGAUGAUGUUGAUGGUGUAACAACUCUUACAAAAGACAAUUACAUUGAAAAACUCAAAGAAAUAGAAGCUGGUGAGAAGAAGCAUCUGGUGGUAUUUCCCACAAAUGAGAUAUUUGAUGACUACGUCAGAACGAGCUCCGGCCUUUUCAGAGCAGCGGUUAUUUUUGAAGGGGAUGAGAAAAACAUAUCCUACUCACUCAGAUAUCAUAAAAAUGACGCGAUGCAUUGGGGAAAUUGGAACACUGAAAGAUUGUAUCUUCGAGAACCUGCUGAAAAGUUCAUACAAGGAGGAGCGUACGAUAACACAGGAUUUGCUGCGUUACAAAGGUUAAUUGAAUCAAGUAUCCUCAUGGUUAAAAAAGUGGAUUAUAAUCCUGCUAUUGCCCUCAGGCUCGUGCCGAUUCCAUCAACCAAGACUGAUCCGUUCGUUGACAACCUUCUCCCAACCCUACUGCCUUUCUCAAUGCUUAUUGGAGCUUUCCUUAUCACCUCUUCUAUCGCAUCUGACAUCGUUGAGGAAAAGUGUUCUAAAAUGAGAGAAAUUCAGCGAAUGAUGGGUCUGUCUGAUACCAUAAUGUGGCUGAGUUGGAUUAUCCAGAGGUCUUUCAUUGUAAUCUCUUGUUCCGCCCUGAACACCAUCGCACUUAUGUUUUUCGGAUACACACCUUCGAGCGACGGAACGGUUAUUUUUGUGUUUCUACUCUGUUACUACGGAGCUCAUACUUCUUUCAUCUUCUUCAUAGCGUCGCUACAAAGGAACUUGAAAGCAGCACCAGCCUUAAUGGGGUUCCUGACCUUUAUAGAGUAUCUACCGUACAUGGUGCUAUCGAGCAGGAUACCUCAAUUGGGCAGAGGAGUAAAGAUGUUGGUGUCUGUUCUCCCCCUUUCUGGCACAUCUGUCGGAUUGGUCACUAUCGCCGAAUGGGAAAAGAUCAGGCUUGGAGCACAGUGGAGCAACAUAGGGAACGGAAUCAGCGCUGUUACUGAAUUCUCGGUGUCUGAUGUGAUGCUCAUGCUUUUCAUUGACAUUUUCAUCUUUGGAGCUCUCACUUGGUAUGUUGAGAACGUGUUCCCGGGAGAGUUUGGAGUUCCCAACAGUCCCCUCUUCUUUUUAACCAAGAGUUACUGGUGCGGAACUACACCCAAGAAUGUGGAGGUGGAUAGUAAUGGAACAGAUCAUGAUAAGGUAGACCCAGAGUACCAUGAGAAAGUCACACAGAAACUGAAAGCUGGGAUUGUUAUCAAGAAUCUCAACAAAAGUUUCCAGACACUUGAUGGGGAGAAAGUGGCGGUUAAAAACCUGUCGGUGGAGAUGUAUGAGGGUCAGAUAACAGCUCUAUUAGGGCAUAACGGAGCAGGUAAAACAACGACAAUAAAUAUGCUGACAGGAAUGUACCCUCCCUCUUCGGGUGAAGCUACUGUGGGAGGACACAACAUUAUACACGACAUGACCGGAGUACGCGAAAGUAUGGGAGUUUGUCCACAACACAACAUACUAUUCAAAUUCCUAACCGUUCAGCAGCACCUCGACUUCUUUAUCCGUCUCAAGGGGGUUGAGGACGAGAAGGAAAUAGCGGACGAGAUUGAGCAAAUGUUGGAGGCUUUAGGUAUCGAGGAAAAAAGAGACGAAAUGUCAAAAAGUUUAUCUGGUGGCUUGAAACGUAAACUUAGUGUUGGAAUCGCUCUGAGUGGUGGUAGUAAGAUUGUUUUGCUAGACGAACCCUCCACUGGAAUGGACGUAUCGGGAAAACGAGAUUUGUGGGACAUGCUUCUAAAAUUAAAGGCUGGUAGAACUAUAAUCAUCACAACGCACAGUAUGGACGAGGCUGAUCUUCUUGGGGACAGAAUAGCUAUCAUGGCUGCUGGACAGUUAGUCUGCUCCGGAUCCUCUCUAUUCCUCAAGAGAAAAUACGGAGUGGGAUAUCACCUGACUCUGGUGAAGGAAUCAGCGGACAUGAAAGACUCAGAGGUUGAGAAUCUCACCACCUUCAUCCAGAGCCACGUUCCAAGUGCGACGUGUCACAGCAACGUUGGCAGUGAGCUGUCCUACCUUUUGAGUGCCAGUGAUGUUCAACACUUUGUCAAACUUUUCCAGGUACUUGAGGAAGAUUCUGGAAAUUAUGGUGUUGCUAGUUUUGGAGUAUCUCUCACCACAAUGGAGGAAGUAUUCAUGAAGGCAGGCGAGGGACACGACAGCAAUGUAGCUGCUAUAGAUGCGGAUAAUAAAGACGAGAGAAAGAUUAGAAAGUUUGAUAGAAAUGAACUGAACAGUGGAGUACCUCUUCUUGGUCAACAAUUCUUAUGUCUGCUCAAGAAAAGAGCGAUUGUGAGCAAGCGGAACAAAUGGAUUACUCUUGGCAUGGGUUUCAUUCCCAUUCUCUUCAUCUUGGUGGGGUUAUUCACUUACAAGGGCAUGCAAUCUAUUACCGUAGGAGUUCCUAGAGUUCUCUCCCUAAACGAGUAUCCUAACAGUGAGAUAAAGGCAAAUGUAUAUUUUGCUGAUGUCAGGAACACGAAAGACGACCAAUCCUCGAAAGACGACCAAUCCUCGAAAAUAAAAGACUACCUGAAGAACAAACUUGACGUGAUGCUGACGGACUUUACAGACGAAACUAACGCUCUGGAUGGCAGUUAUGGAGGCACUCUAAAAGAUUGUUGCUCAAACCCUUUCUUACAGUUGAAUACGAAAUGCAUUGAUUUGGACGUCCUUAAAUACGAUGUGUGUUACGAUGAUUAUGAAGACUCGAAGUUCACUUAUACUUUCUGUCGUGCAUCAUGCUUUGAUCUAACGGUCGACGAGGACAAAAAAGGAGCAGAUUGCACUGUCAGUCGACCUAACCCAAAAGACCCCAACGAAAAGACCAACUUCUACCAAAACUUAUACCUGAAAAAAGCAACCGAGAAUAAAGGCAGCUUCUUCGUCGAUGUCCAAGGUGGAUUAACAUUGUCGGACACCUCCGACUCUUACACUGUCUACAACAAAGAAGGAACAAAGAUACAAACUGGCUAUAAAGACGGUGACACCUUAGUAAAACUGUCCUCUGAGGAUGAUCCCAUCGACUCUGAUGAAGCUAAAGGGGAUGUUAUAACUGGUUGGAUAAGCUAUCAAGGCUUCCAUCUUAUUCCAGCCUUCUCAUCGGCUAUCACAAACUUGAUCCUGAAUAUGAACGACAAGGAUGUAACAGUGACCGCUACCAACAAGCCACUGCCUGAAUUCCAAAACGAAGGGGAUGAAUUUAGAGUUACCGAGGAUCUCUUCGGAUUUGUUAUCACUUACAUAUUUGCAGGCGCUUUUAUAUACGCCGUUUUUACUCAGAAUCCAGUAGAAGAGCGAACAAGUAAGAGUAAGCAUCUGCAGCAGAUUUCUGGGGUUAACAGUGCGGUGUACUGGCUGUCCAUGAUUACUUGGGAUUUCCUGGUCUAUUUCCUCUGCUCUCUUCUCAUAUUCUUCCUCAUCCUUGCAUUCCAGGUGACUGGUUUGACUGAAGGUGAAUACUGUGCUACCUUCUUCCUGACCAUUAUUCUUGCCGGACUUGCUAGCAUCCCACUAGUCUACAUCCUCUCCCAUUUGUUCGAGAAGACAUCCUCCGCUUACGGUUUUGUCACCAUGAUCUUCUUCUUCGUACCACUUGCAGGCUUCCUCUGUUACAUGAUAGUGUACCCGAUAUAUGAAGCUGAAGAGUUCAUCAAUAAGUUUAAAGGCAUUACUGGGAACAAGUACGAAUGGAUUAUACAUGUUGACCGAGCCCUCCUUAUCCAUCCUCACUACGCUAUGGCAGCUUCCAUGUAUAACCUCAUGCUACUGCGCUCUAAGUAUUUAACAUAUCAAACAUGUAUGGACGCUGUCGGCAAAUCUGCUGCACAGUGUGGUCAUCUUAAACCUGUUGCAUUGUUCACACUCGAUGGUAACGGUGUUGGACGCCAUGUUCUAGCACUAGUAAUAUGUGCUAUAGUCUACAUGGGCGGUCUGCUAAUUAUUGAAACGUGGUGGUUUGUUAUUCGGGCUAAACUGACGAAAGUGAGCCAAUUCAUUUGCCAAUUAAUAUGCAGCAGAAAAGCCAAUAAUGGCGUCAGUGAAGCUGAGGAUGAUAAUGUGACCGGUGAAAGAACUAGGGUAAACGAGAACCUAUCAAGUUUGGUCAGCUCUGAAAGUGUUGUUAUGCGAAACCUUCAUCGUCAGUUCGGAAAAACAACUGCUGUUCAGAACCUUUCUCUUGCCAUCGCUAAGGGAGAAUGCUUUGGUUUGUUAGGGGUCAACGGGGCAGGAAAAACCACAACAUUCAAUAUGAUGACAGGUGACACGGUGAUGACGUCAGAAGGGUAUUUGUACGGUCAUGACGUCACCAGGAACCUGAGGAGUGCUCAGAAGUUUAUCGGAUAUUGUCCUCAGUUCGACGCUCUUAUAGGGCACCUAACGGGCCGAGAGUUACUGGAAAUGUUUGCUAACUUAAGAGGGGUACCCUACUCUGCUUUAGAUGAUAGUGUUAACGAAGUUAUCAGGAUGUUCAACCUUGAUCACGCUGAGAAGGAAUGUAGAUCUUACAGUGGAGGAAACAAGAGGAAGUUGUCGACCGGUUUAGCAAUAAUCGGAUCUCCUCCACUUAUUUUCCUGGACGAACCAACUGCUGGUAUGGACCCCACUGCUAGACGUUUCCUCUGGGAUGUACUGUGUUACCUGCGCGGAACUGGUUGCAGUAUUGUUCUAACCUCCCAUUCUAUGGAAGAAUGUGAAGCACUGUGUACUCGUAUUGUUAUCAUGGUAAACGGAGCUUGCCGUUGUUUGGGCAGUAUACAGGAGCUAAAGAAUACCUCCAGUCAGGGAUACACCAUCUGUCUUCUCAUGGAGCCAGCGGACCAGGAGAAUAUCAUAAACUUUGUUGCGUCCCAGUUCGUGGGCGCAGUUCUGAAAGAGAGUCAUGCAGGUUACCUGAUGUUCAGUCUAGGAACAAAUUACAAAUGGAGCUACAUAUUUGAGAUUAUGGAAACAAAUAAAAGUGCCAUUAACCUCAACGACUAUUCUGUCGCUCAGACGUCUUUAGAACAGGUAUUCCUAAACUUUGCAAAAGAACAAAGAGAUGCUAAUGACAGAAGUGGCGGCUGGUUUGGAAAGAAAAAGAAAGCUCAAAUCAACCCUAAAGAGUCUACCAUGAGUUGGAAAAAGAGUUUCAUAAAAGCGGAACUUUAAGAUGUGCUUUCCGCAUUCUAUUAUUGCCAUUGGUGCUGGAUUUGAAUUAAUCAUUUAGCCAAGUUAUGACUUUAAUUUUUCACUAAGGUGAAGUUCGUUUUACACGACGAUCGACGAAUUUAAUUUGUUGUUCAUCUUUCUAGAUGAAUUUAAAUAUAAACUAAACUUUAAUGAUUGUCAAACAAUCUUGUUAUUUAAUUGAAACGCAGUUGUUAUAUUUUCCGAUAUGUUGUAUGGCAAAUAUUCUGAAGUUACUUUAUAUGUAUGUAUUUAAAUUCUGUGAAUUGAAUUCAAGUUAACUA